UUCGUGUAAAAUUUUGAAAUAAAUCAGAAAAUCCACAAUUGUGGAUAAUUUUUGAAAAAAAAAAACAAAUAAUAAUAAUAACAGGAUAUAAAGAGCCAGCAGUUGGAGGGGCACAACACUUAGGCACGCGGAAAGGAGUUGCAAGAAAAAAGCGGAAUACAAAAAAAAUAAAUGCCAACAAAUGAAACCUGAGGUGCGCUGAAGUGUAACAAAUACAACGGACUUGCAUCGAACGCUGGCAGCAGCUGCGUGAAAAUAUGCUUGCGUCACACAGAUGUUGCAACAUCGUCACCUGAGCGAAUAAACGGGAAGCGGGCAAAAAAACAAAGCAAAGUAAAAUAAAAUUAUAACCAGUGUACAGCACAGCGAGCGAAUGUAUGAAUGAUUGACUGAAUGGAGGAAAAAUUGCCAAUUCAGUUGCUCAAUAGCAAUCACAAACAAUCGAAGUGAAACGUGUGCUGCAGCAUGUGGUAUGCUGCCGAAGAACAGGUAAAAAUAACAGCUGAAACGCAUUUGCAACAGAGUGGCAAGGCGAGUGACAGUAACGAAAACAAAUGAAAUAAUAAAAUUUCCGCUCCAACAAAGAAACAAAACAGAACAUAGAAGAGGAAUUAUACAAAAAAAAAACAAAAAGGAACAGAGAAAAGAAUUAAAAUGCGCAUUCAGCAACAUUCCACCUGGCAGCAACAACAAAGAGCAAUAAUAAAAAAGUGUGGGCUAUCGUAAAAGCUGGCAAUAAAACAGCUAAAAGGGUGUAGAGUGCCAGCGGCCAGCGGCAGUGUAGAAGCAACCACGCGUUGGCAGUGAUGUUGGUGGCGUUGCAAGUGGGGAAGCAGGAGCAGUGGCACUACUACUACUACUACCACUACUACAACUACUACUACCACUACCAUUGCCAUAGCGACGGCUCACAUGUAGCGCUGAAGCUACUGAAAACAAAUUUCAUCAAUUUUCGUCAACGCAAACACAGCACCACGGAAGGACACCAACGAAUAGGUCACUGCUGCCUUUGCAAUACGCACGUUUAUGGCAUCGAACACUUACAAACAAAACAACAAGUAGGCAAACAACAACUGAACGGUAUACAACAAUCCACUCAACGGCGACGCAAACGACGACAGCUUGAACGGCCCAGUACAGUUGGCAGCAGUCGAGGUUGGCGCAGCAUUGCUGAUACGCAUUGCAAGCGACAGCAACAAGAGAAAAAAUACUGCAUUGACGCACCGCAUGUUGCCACAUUAGUUUGCUGAUAUCGCCAGCAAAAGCUGCUGUACUAUUUCCGGUCGGAAGGCAGGCAUACGCUAAAAUUACUCAUACGCACCGUUGUACAAUACGGCGCAAGAGCAGGAGCGCUUUUGGUUGUGACACUUCGGCUUCUCCUCUCCCAUCUUCAACAACACACUUCACUCCAUCAGCAGCCUGUCGUGCCUGUAACGCAUUUAAAUCGUCGGCGGCCGGUCACUCUUAAGGCAGCAGCUGUGUUUUUGCGACACCCACUCGGCCCCUCCACCACCACCACCACCACCACCCCCCAAUAUGUCUAGUUGAAUAACGAGUGGGGGUAUGCAUCUAUAGUGCUGAUAUAUAUAUAUGAGUGUGCAACGAGCGCAAAAGGAACACGAAAUACGACAAAAAGUAAUAACAAAAAUAACAACAGCAACAGCGUUGAGCGAUAGCCGUUCGAGUGUAGCGAAAAAGGCAAUGCCAGCAAAUAUGAGCAGAAAUUGUGUGGCAAUUUGCUUGUCAGUUUCCCUCGCGCUCAACAUUCUACUAAUGUUGUUGCCACAUGCCGCUGGCGAUGAUUGGUCGGCGAGUUGUGCCUCCAACUGUACCUGUAAAUGGACCAAUGGUAAGAAAUCGGCCAUCUGCAGUUCGCUGCAACUCACCACCAUACCCACAACGCUAAGCACCGAGCUGCAAGUGCUCGUACUGAACAACAACCACAUACCAUAUCUCAAUCGAGAGGAGUUCACCAAUUUAGGUCUACUCAACCUGCAACGCAUCUACCUAAAGAAUUCUGAGGUGCAAUAUGUACAUAAGGAGACAUUUCGUAAUUUGAAAAUAUUAGUCGAAAUCGAUUUGUCAGAUAACAAAAUCGAAAUGAUCGACAAAGACACAUUUAUGGGCAACGAUCGCUUGCGCAUACUCUACUUGAAUGGCAAUCCGCUGAAGAAGUUGGUCGCCUAUCAAUUUCCCAUACUGCCACAUCUGCGCACACUCGAUCUGCAUAACUGCCUGAUUUCAUAUGUGGAUCCGAUGGCCCUGGCGAAUCUGAAUCUACUCGAAUUUCUCUACUUAAAGAAUAAUCUGCUUGAAAGCCUCAGCGAAUAUGUCUUCCAGCACAUGACGAAUCUCAAGACGUUGGUAUUGGACGAGAAUCCAUGGCAGUGUAAUUGCAAGCUGCGCAAGUUCCGCACCUGGUAUGUGAAGAGCAAAUUGAACAGCAUCAGUUUGCUGUGUAAGGGUCCGCCGUCACAGAAGGAGAAGCAGUGGGAGCAUGUUGAUGAGGAACAGUUCGGCUGCACGCCCAAAGUGGAGCUCUUCAAUAACGAAGAUGUACAGAAUAUCGACAUAGGGAGCAAUACGACCUUCAGCUGUCUGGUGUACGGUGAUCCAUUGCCCGAGGUGACGUGGGAACUGAAUGGCAAAAUACUGGAUAAUGACAAUGUCAUUUUCGACGCAGAGUCGAUCACCUCAGAUAAGCUGUGGAGCAAUCUGACUGUCUUCAAUAUGACCAGCUUAGAUGCGGGCACCUACGCCUGCAUCGGUUCAAAUAUUGUUGGCGUGGCUUCGCAGAACAUCAGCAUAUAUCUAACGGAAAUUGUGCAGCAUGUCUUGGUGAAAACACCGGAGACCUUUUGGUAUUUCGGCUUGAUCAUGGGCACCUUCGGCACAAUCUUCCUGCUCAUACUUAUCUCAUUUGUGGUGUGUUUGUGCAAACGCACGACACGGCAACGGCGCCAUCCGAAAAAAUCUGGCGUGAAACCGAGCGUCAGCUUCAAUGAUCAAGAGAAGAAACUGCUGGAUUUAAGCAUCACAACGACAACAGCCGACCGUGGCGACAGUUGUGGCAUGGAUAACAAUACCACAACGACAAUGAGCAAAACGGAAUCGGUAAUUGGCUUCGAGCCGAUUGAGAUACAUGCAACGGAUAACAUUCGCGGCGCCGCAGCAAACCACAACCAUCACCAGCUAACACACCAACAACAGUUGCAGCAGCAUCACGCGCAUAUGGCGGGUGCAGGUAGCGUUGGGAGUGGUGGCGGUGGCGGCGGCGUGGCAAACUCUAUGAUGCAACCAAGUCGCCAGCAAUUGAUGGCCGUGGCAGACGGUUCGUGCAGCGUUGUUGGCAUACCUACAUCAAUGGCAUCGGUCGUGGGCGCGGUGGGUACGAAAGCGCAUCCCAAUGCCAUACCGGAGGAGUUUCCGCUAAAUGUUGGUGUCUUCCCGCCGCCGCCUGAGUUCUGCUCCAACAUUGUGCCAAAUCCCGCUUACGGCAACAUAUUCAUAAGCGUCUCCGUGACGCAGGACAUGUUGGACGGUGCGGACAUCAGCAUGUAUCCCGACUUGUUGAAUAUACCAAAGCGUCAAAUGAGCGCAGAUGGCAGCAGCAUACAAGCGGGCGUGAGCGUGACCAGCGGUAGUGGUGCCGGCAAUACCACUACCACAAACACACUACUGCCCACGGGCACCACGACCGCAGUGAAUGUCUCAUCGUUUGCGACGUUGCCGCGGAAUCAUCAACGACGCGGCAUACUCAAAAAAGACUCAUCGCUGCAGCAUCAAUACUCACUGCAACAACAACAGCAAACGAAUUUGUAUCCACACGAUGAAAUCGUUUCGUAUCACAAUCUCGAUACCACCUACAGUCAGGGCUAUCAGGAACAUCAGCAGCAGCAGCAACAACAGCAGCAGCAGCAGGCGCUUGAACAGCGACAGACUUAUGGCGCUAAUAUCGUUGGCUUGCCGCCACCACCGCCACCUCCUGCGGCAGCCACACUAUCGCAGUGCCAUCAUAAUCAAACAGCUGUGGCGGCCGCCAUCAAUGCCAAAGCUUGCGCCGCCUGCAUUGGCACCCUCUCGCCACCACCGUCUUCUUGCAGCACGCCGCCGACAACGAUGGAUGCAACGCCGCUGAGACCGCUUAAUAAAGGAGGUGCUGGCUCAUCAGCGUCUAGCAAUUCAGGGCUAAAGUAUGACAACAUGGGGCGACGCAUCACCGCUAGCGGCAACUCGACGCUCUCGCUACCCGAUGAGGCAGAUGAGGAAUGUGUGGAAGAUGAGACGCAUUUCAUUGAAGAGGCGCGCAAAAUGAAGCAGGGACAAAAGCAGCAAAAAGACUGUCAGCAGCAGCAGCAACAACAGCUGAAGGUUGCGGCGGCAGUGAAUGCGUCGGGCGUAUCGACGAAUGCGAGCGGAAAUUCGAUGGUAGCAGAUGCAGGCGGGGGCACGGAAUAUGUGUCGCUGUAGUAUUACGGAACGCAAGUGUAAAUAGGGGCAAUGUGUGUAGUAUAGUUGUAAGAGUACAUGAGCGGUGGGGGCAAUGGCAUAGUUGGCAAGUAUAUACAAGUAGUUAUAAUAUAGUGAAUAUAUGCAAUAUUAAUAGGGAAAAUGUAUACAUACAUAAAUAUAGUGUAAAAAAUUAAAAUUACUUAUAGCGCCAUAUGCUGAAAAUAUGUAUUUGCUUUUUAGAUCCUAUUGCCCAAAAGUAGGCCAUCCAUCAACCGGAUUUAUUACAUAGUUGUCGCACUUCGAGAGCAGCUAAACGCAUGAAGCCUACUUUUAGGUGCGUCCUUGAAGUAUUUUUUUUUUUUUAUGAAUUUAAAAAAUCCAAAAGUUGAGCUGUAAUAUAAGAAAAAAAUAAAACAAAAUCAUGCAACAUAUUUCUUCCGCCAUUUUAAUCAAGGAUUUAAGUGUGCGGGAUAAAAGUAUACUUAACUUAGGGACAGAAAAGGAUACAGUGACAAGAAAAGGGGGGGUCAAGUUUCAAGGGCCGGUGUUGAUUUUGAAUAAAAUAAAAUUUUUUUAGGAAAUUAUUAUGAUUUCUCUUUACUGUGGUAUAAUUGGUAUAGUUCAAUUACGUAUGGAACAAAAUAUGGGCCAAAUGGCCGUUGCGGCCUCGGCGGCACACCGCAAUCCAUCGUCAAAAUUUUCAAUAACACUGAGGCAUAAUUAAGGUUCUAUGCCAUUAAUGAGCCGAAUUAUCUCAUCCCUUAGCUCUUCAAUUGUUGCUGGCCUAUCGACGUACACCUUUUCUUUCAAAUAACGCCAAAGAAAGAAGUCCAACGGUGUCGUUAACGUUUAGGUGUGGUUCACAUUCAACAUCGGCCCACGAAAUUUAACCACCCUUUAGAAUACCUGCCUUCGCGACUUUUAAUUCACUUUUACUAAAUGUAUACAUAUAUAUCUUCGGCUACGUUCGACCUAAUUUUAAAAACUCUGCUAAAUUUGAGAUUUAUUAGUUUGCAGAAAAAUAAAUCCCCAAUUUUUGCGCAAAUGAUUUAAAACUGUUUUAUGGUCGAUCUUUAGCUCCUGGUUCCUGCUGUGACUACUAACGUGCCGCUCAACUUCGAUACUUCACUUCAUUAUUUACGAGAUAUCGAUCACUACAGCCAUCUACCGAGAAAAUAAAAGAUUUAUAUUUCCCCAUAUUAAUAUAUACGAUUUCCAAAGCAAUCGCGCAGGUUCCAUAAUUCUCUUCUGAGUGAGUGCUAAUGCAUCUUUUCAAAAAUUUCAACAAAAAUAUAUUUCACUAAAUCAACUGACUUAUGUCUAUAUUUGAAGUUAUCUCACAACUGCCUAUGUUCCUGUUUUCUGUCUAACAGAACUCUUUGCGUUAGAGAAUAUCCUACAAGCUUAAAGUGUUUGGGCAAAGUUUUUGAAGAGAAACUUCGUAGGCGUCGAUGGAUGAGCGAGAAUCGAGAGUAAAAUUUCAAGGCCAUGCAACUUUUUGGGCAUUUUCGUUCCGUGAGAGAGAAAAACGAUAUAACAUAGAGGAAAAGGCGAGAGAGAGCUAUGCCUUAUAUAUAUCUUAGAUACACUAUAGUCUUUUCUUCCUGAAUUUUUCCUUGUGGUUGCUAAUUUUUAGUGGGAAAUAACACUGCCUACUUUUUGGCGCUUGUUUGUUGGUGCAAACUUGUAGGAUAUAUAU